AUGUUCAAUCAUACUGGAUUCUUCUGCUGUUUGCCUGAGCAAACAGGGUUCUGGACAGAUAGUCCCCAGGAUGCUGUUGGCUGCUCCGACGGGGCGCCCACCGAGCGCGGGGAGACAAUCCUGAACACGGAGAUUCAAACUUUCUCCUCGACUUCUUCAACCAGUACCGCCUCCACCGAAUCUACAUCUACAAGCGCGAUACCCGCCGCAACAACAACCUCAGCCUCCGACUCAUCGAACAGCUCUUCCUCGAGUAAUCAUGCUGGUGCCAUUGCAGGAGGCGUUGUUGGUGGCGUUGCUGGAGUCGCAUUGAUCGUUGCCCUUCUUUGGUACUUCUUCAUGCGUGGCCGAAAACAAUCUCAGCAACCGCCAGCUGGGGAAGAGGCCGUUCCCAUGGCUAGCGCUCAGAAUCCUCCCAAGCCCCCGACAGAACUGGAGGCCAGGAAAAUACAAUAUGAGCUAGAAAGCCGGGCGGACCAGCCAGUUCACGAAUUGCCAACCAACCACUACUGA